UUGCUAAGGAAAACUUCCGCCGCGUGACCCCUCUCAGCGGGGACACGGCGAGGUUUGUUCACUCUCCGUCCCGGUCGGGUUCGUCCCCAACGCCCACGGCUGCUUCCAGCUGCUCUGGGGCUCCUGCAGCAGCACCCGCUCCAGGGGGAGAGCAGCUUGUCCUGGGGACCCCCGAGCUGGACGCGGCACUGCGGGGGGGUCUCCCCAGAGCGGAGCAGAGGGGCAGAAUCCCCCCCUCGACCCGCUGCUGGACACGCAGCCCGGCACACGGCUGGCUUUGCGGGCCGACAUCCGCAGUAAAAUCCCGCCGCAGCGCCUGCUGUGAGUUAGACAACAACAGCUGUGGUGGUAAAGCUGCAUCCCAGCCUGCCUCGAAACAGCCUUUGCCACCGGUAUUAUGUCCUGGGAGCAAGACACUGCUUGUUGCGAGCAAGGUGAUACCACAUCUCGGUUUCCCUUGGGACAAAGGGAGGGGAACAGAAUCUGCCCCAAUGAUGAGGAUGUGGAGAACCCCCUGGGUCCCCAGGAUGAAGGGGCAUCCCCCCACCCAGAGGUGCCUGGGCAUAGAGGCAAAAGGACACACAGAAGAGCUCUGGGCAGGUGCUGCGCUCUCCCUCCAGCGUAUGGCCUGGUGGUGGCUGUGCUCGUGGCUGUGCUCGUGGCUGUGAUCCUGGCUUUGGCCAUUGCUCUUGCUGUACAGUCGGCAGGCAGACGUGAAGGUCAUCUAGCUCCGGUGCUGGCCUGUCCUGACGGCUGGGUUGGGUACCGCGACAUCUGCUACUACCUCUCGACGGAGGAGGGGAGCUGGGUGUGGAGCCAGGAGCGGUGCUCCUUGCGUGGGGCCUCGCUGGCUGUGCUCCAGAGGGAGUGGGAAAUGGAGUUUCUCUCGCGCCUCAAGGACAAAGCUGAUUUCUGGCUUGGGCUGCGGAGACAGGACAAGCGCCUGGAGUGGGUGGAUGGCAGCAGCUUCAACCAGACGAUCCCAGUGUUGGGCCAAGGAGCGUGUCUGUAUUUGAACGACAAUGCUGUCGGGAGUUCAAGCUGCUCACAGCAACGGCCAUAUAUCUGCAGCAAGCCCCAAGCUCAGAGGUGACAGAGAGAGGACCUUCUCCGUGCUGAGCACUCACAGCUUCACCUCGUCCGGCAGCGCAGGCAGGGACUGGCCAGGUGGGGAGGCAAGCACAGAGCCCUGACGUGAGCAGGGGUGUGCGAGGGCCGCUGAGGGAGGUUUCAGUCCAGGCAGCCCUUUUGGGGCUGGCACCUUUGGCCUGGGAGCAGGGGCUCGACGUUUACAGUUUGGAGGCUGGACACUGGUUGGCAGUGAGAGGGCGUAGGGAUGUUCUUGCCUCAGCUGCUGGUUCGGGGUGCUCCUGGUCUCGGUAACAACUCGCUGCCAGGUCUCAGGGAGCUGAACCUGCAGGAAGAGGAGACAUCGUGGAAGCUGACGUGUGCCUGGCUGGGCUGGGACCUCAAGCACGGAACAAGUGGUUUUUCUCCUUGUGUGACCACCCCAGAACUCUUUCUUCUCGUGCGAUUCAGUCACACCCGCUUUUGUGCGGUAGGGACAGAGCUCGAGCAGCUGCUGCCAGAGGAGAUGGGCGCAGAGCUCUGCGGAGUUCCCUGGCACAGAGCUGGGCGGCUCUGGUGUGUCAGCUGUGCUGUUACUCCUAUUUUAGUACUCUGCUGUGCAUUAAACCAUUGUAAAUUCC